AAAAGUUAUUUCCCUUCUGCACAAGCUAUCCAGCUGCCACUCUUUAACUCACUUUUUCUCACAAUAAGUCAUUCUCUUCCUACUUUUCCCCCUCAAAAAAUCCAAACAAACGCAUUUCAUCAACACCAACAUUGUUGGGGGAAUAACUUAUACCUACAAACAACAACAACAACAUCGUCAACAUCAUCAACAUCAUCGUCCAAUGGCACCCAGAAGGAUGAAGAUGCUGCUAAGGCUGUGCUUUGUGGUGGCUCUUUGGGGUGCCACAUCGGCUCAACCUCAAUCAAGUUGCACCAAUGUGUUCAUAAGUCUUGCUCCUUGCCUUGACUAUGUAACAGGAAAUGCAUCAACCCCUUCCUCUUCUUGCUGCUCUCAACUUUCCUAUGUCGUGACUUCACAACCACUGUGCCUGUGUGAGGUUGUUAGCGGCGCUGCUUCAUCUAUUGCUGCAAGUUUCAACAUCAAUCAGACUCGGGCUUUGUCUCUUCCCACUUCUUGCAACAUUCAGACACCCCCUCUUAGCACCUGCACUGCCUCAGCUUCUUCCUCACCAGCGUUUUCCGUCUCAAACUUUCCCAACUCCCCUUCAGGGAUUGGAUCUGACACUGUUUCAUCAGCGACCGGAGGUAGUAGAAGUGUCGGUGGUUCAUCUCACGGAAAUUCAAGUUCCUCUACUAAAUUAUCGUGUUCUUGGUUUCUGAUGUUUGCCCUUGCAACCGCUUUGACUUUCACCUUCAAGAGUACGACCUACACCACAUCGCUGAACCUUUUUUAAACCCUUCUUAUUAUUAUCUCUUACAUCUUCCAUCGUACCCACUGGUGUUAUAUUGUGCCUUUUGCCUUAACAGAGUUAGGAAUAAUUUCGCCUCUGUAUUUUUAAUUAUUUCUAUUUGCCUUCUAACUAUGUCUGCGCUAUGUACAGUGAUACCAUAUUAGAUUCUGUCAUAACAUGAUAUAAGGUAGAUGUGAACAAUUAAUUUAAA